UGGAACAGAGCGGCGCAGGACACUACGGGCCAGGACCUGUGUACCGCUGGGCUUCGCUUCGUCCGGAGAGGAGAGGAGAGGAGCGGAGAGGAGAGCAUCCGCAUCCGAGGCGGCUGAGGCUGUGGCAGUGGCAGUGGCAGAAGCAGAAGCCCCAGCAGAGGCUGGGCCACUCAGUUACGCGCAACAUUUCAACGCAACGUCGUGGCAAUUCCAAAUCGGCGGCAGACGCGGGCGUGCGCAGCGCACGGGCGGACUGCACGUAAUAAAUCCUCCGGAACGGGCUAAAAAUACGGCAAACGCUACUAAUCACACACAAUAGGAACUGUCAAAAAAUAUAACUCUUAACUCGAAAACCGUAUUGAAAAUUUUUUAAAUAAAACGCCCUUCUCAAUACCCCAAAUAUAAUGUAGAAGAACCUCAAUACGAAAAAAAAUAUACAAUAUCUUACGCACAAAAAUAUUUUUGCCGCUGUCCCAAAAAAAAUUCUCAAUAUUUUUUUUUCUCCACCGCGUGCGCGUUUGUCAGUGUGUGUGCGUGUGUGUGUGUACGCGUGUGGGUGAGAUUUUGCGCGCGUGUGUGUGUCGCUAUUUUCUUGUUGUUUUUUUGGUAACUUUUUUUUGCCGUUCUUUAAUCCCUGGCUAAAUCAAAAAAAAAAAAGAGUAAAAAUAAAAAAAAGCCAAGGCAAAAAUGUAAAACAGCCGAUGAUGCAAAAAGCGUCCCAAGCGCACAAGAAAUACAAAAAUUAAACACGAAAUAUAGAAAUUAAAUAGUUAGUUUUAAGGCAAACGAAACGCACAACAAAAAGCCAAAAUAGAUCGAGUAAUCAAAUUUAUUAAUAUAAAUAAAUAAUCACUAAUCAAGCAAAGAGAAAUUAUCAAACUACAGCUUAAAACUGAAUAAAUCUGAGAACAUCAAGUCUUACCGCGAAACUAUUCGACUUAGAGCGCUAAACAAAAAUCAACGAUAAUCUGUUAUAUUUAGGUGUAAUCCCAAGACGAUAUGCUUUCGCUCUGAGGCUCUUCGACUGCAGUAGCAAUGAGCAUCAGUGAGUUCUGGGCUUGUGUUCCGUCUGCAACUCCGUCUCCACAUCCGAUACCGAAUCCAAAUCUGAAUCCAAAUCCGAAUCCGAGUCCUUAUCCACCUCCCAUUGCCAGAAGCAGCCAACAGGUGCAACGGCCGAGACUUUGAUGCCAGUUGGAAUUGGACUUGGUGCUGAGGUAGAAAAACAGGAACAGGAUCCGGAUAAGGGGGAACUGGAGCCCCCGUUGAAGUGGCGCCCCUGCCUUGCGCGAUGCAAGCGAACAGCAGCCGCUCCAACUUAAGCGCACAAUCCUCGGGCACGCCGUCGGCCUCAACGAUCUCCUCGUCCCAGGGCAAGCAACAAGUUGUCGAACUAUCGGGCUAUGUCAUCAUACUCGUCGAGAAUGUGGAGGGUAAAAUUAAACUAUACGGCUCACCGCCCGAUCGCGAUAAUCUGGAAGUGGGCGAUGAGAUACUCGAGGUCAAUGGCCUGACCCUGGAGAAUAUAUCGCGCACGGAGGUCAUUCGCCACAUACACGACUGCAUCAAAUCCUGCACCAUUUGUCUGCGUGUGCGAAAGAAGAAUGAUUCACGACUGGCCUGGGAUAUUGGCAACUCGGUGCAGGACGCCUUCGUCAUCGCCGUCGAGGAGCACGCCCGCGAACGUCUGCAGAGAUUGGCGGCCUUGAACCGGGUCACGCCCGUCGACAUUACCCAGUUGUCCAAAAAGCUGCAACAAACGAAGAGCGGCACGACAACGAGUCAGCGGCAGGACCUCAGCUUCCUGAACGAGUCGACGCCGAUCUAUGUGACGUCCUUCACGAGCAACCAGAUCACCUGCAGCAGUUCCACGAUGACGACGGCCACCGCCGGCGGCCCAAUCAGUGCCCCAUCCCUGGCGACGGCCACCACGACGGUGCCGACGGCAUCCUCCUCCUCAUCCGCGAUGCACACCACCACGGUGGUGGCCCAAAUCGAGCAUGGGGCAUCGGCGCUGGUCAGUGCCGCUGUGGCAGCGGCAACGGCCGCCGAUCGGAAUGCGAAUAGCACCACAUCGGCGGCACUGAAGCAAACGGUUAACUGCAUGGGGAGUGGUGCAAGUGCAAGUGCAAGUGCAGGUGCAACCACUGGGAGUAGCUCCACCAGCAGUGCCACGGGUCACAUUUACCAGACCAGCCAGGCGCAACAGCAGCAGUUGCAACAGUUGCAGCAGCAACUUGCCGCCGCAGCGGCAGCGGGGAAACCCCUACAGGCCAAAUCCCUGCUGGCCAGCAGCCUGCAACAUCUCGCCGAGGAGGUGGACAACGAGGAUCUGGACGAUGAUGACGAUGUGGAUGGGGCCAACUAUUGUGGCAUAACCUAUAUCAGCUAUAACAACAAGCAUGCCCAGUUGCCGACGACAACGCUGCCGGCGACCACUGCCCUGCCAGCGGCAGCUGCAACAUUGGCCACCACAGCAGCAAUACACCAGCAAAGGGUGCAACAGCAGCAGCAGCAGUUGCACCACCACAGCAGCAACUACCCACCAGCAGCAACAGCAGCAAUAUCCAGCCAACUCAAUCGACCCACGGCACCGGCACCACUGCAACUCGGAGGACCCAUCAAUCCCUGUUUCGUGGAUGCCCAGACAUCAACGUCGCCGCUGAUGUUGCAACAGCAGCAUCAGCAGCAGGAUGUGGCACUUGCCUCAUCAUCGUCAGUGUUGAUGGAGCGACAUGUACAUGGCACCACCACGCCCAAAACCGAGUACUCCACGGCCAUUUCCAGUGGCCAACUGCAGCAGGCUUUUGCCGAAUUGCAACUUCACUCCAGCAACAAUAAUGCCACACAGCAGCAGCAAUACCAUCAGCAACAGCAGCAGCAGCAGCAACACUUACUUUUAAGCAACAACAAUAAUAGCAAUAAUUCAAUGGCAGCGGCACAGACAACGGCAUCCCUGAUGAAGAAUUGUGAUCUACUGAUAUCGAACAAUCUGUAUCCACCGAGAAGAGAGUUACUAGAAGACGUCUUAGUCCAUCAAGCCAGUGAUGUCCAUUUAUAUGGCCCAGGUGCAACAGCAGCAAUCGCCAGCAGUAGCAGCCGAUCACAGCAGCAACAUCAGUUGCUGAGUGCCGCCUACGAGUUGCAGCAGCAGCAAUUGCAACUGCAACAGCAGCAGCAGCAACAGAACAGUCCCACAAGUAGCAUAUCAAUAGGAAGAACUGAAAUUUUACUGGGCGAUCAGAGUUUGCGGCAGGAUCCCAGAGGGAAUCGCCGGCGCUCCGGCUCGAGCAUUGUUGUGCUGGACGGCGACGACUUGAAGCCAUGUCUGCCGGAUGACUACAUAAGCGGCCAGCACCACCUGAACCACCAGCAGCAGCUGCAACUGCAGCAGCAGCUACAGCAGCAACAUCCGCUCCAGCAGCAACACUAUCGCACGCACUCGGGCGACAUCAGGGAGAUUGACCAGGAAAUGCUGACCAUGCUGUCGGUGAACCAAGAUAACGGUCCACACCGUGAGAUGGCCGUCGAUUGUCCGGACACGUUCAUCGCACGCAACAAGACGCCACCCAGAUAUCCGCCACCCCGUCCACCGCAGAAACACAAGAAAAGCACCACCAACAACACCACCACCACUACAAUCACAGCUAUGACUAACAAUGAUCAUGCUAACAAAAUGUUAAUUGUUGCAUAUCAUUCUUCACAUCAACAUGAACAACUACAACAACAACAACAACCACCACCACAUCAUGAACAACAACACCCAUCAAAAACAACAAUUGCACUCGAUGUGGCCACACAAAAUCUGUACAAUCAAAAACAACAAAUUAAAUUGGAACAAAUCGAAAACUAUGAAAAUUGCCUACAAUCGGAACAACACGAACAACUCGAGCAGAAGCAACAACUGCAGCAGCAGCAGCAGCAACAACAAUUGCAAGUAGCAACCACAGGGGCAACAGCAACAACACAAGUCGCCCAACAACAGACGCCCAGCCACAAGUUGCAGGCAACACUGAGCAGCGAUCCAAAUGGCAACAGCAACAGCAAUGGCAACGGCAAUGGCAACAGCAACACCAACACCGUCGGCAGCAGCAGCAGCAACAACAGCAGCAUCACGGACGACUUUCUGUGCGUCGUGGAUGGUCUUUAUCAGCGCAAGGACUCGGCCUCGCCCUCAUCGAGUGCCUUCGAUGAGGUGAUGAGCAAACAUACCCUGGACUCCUUCGGCAGCAUCGCCUAUCGUCACCUGCACCAGCAACAUCAGGCGACGAGCAACGGCAACAGCAGCAACAGCAACAGCAACAGCAACAGCAAUAGUAAUUGCAAUGGCAAUACCAGCAGCAAUACAGCUGAUUCGAGUAAAACCAAUACAGUAGCCGGUGUGACGAGCAACAGCAGCAACAGCAACUCGCUGAACAGCAGCAACAGCUCGAUGCACACCAGCAGCAGCAGCAGCGGUCACAGCAGCAACAUUGCAAGUGCCACAUCCACCAGCAGCUCAACGGUGCCCGAUGAUUUGAGCCUGGCGCCACCUGGCUACGAGGUGAGCCAGCAGCAACAUCAUGUUGCUCCCGUGUCGGUGUUGCUGCCGCCGAUGGCAAAGCAUCGCGAGUUGCCCGUGGAUGUACCAGACAGCUUUAUCGAGAUGGUGAAGACCCCGCCAAGAUAUCCGCCACCUGCUCACCUCUCUUCUCGCGGAUCGCUUUUGUCGAACGGCAGCGCCUCCACCGCCCACACCACGCUCUCCUCGAUGGGCGUGUCGCCUUCGCCUGUAACUGCAACAGCAGCAGCAGCAGCAGCAGCGACAACAGCAACUGCAGCAGCAGCAGCAACAGCGGCAACAUCGGCAUGUGCAACCGCAAGUGUUGCUGCUGCGGUUUCUGGUGUUGCUGACGGCGACGCGAGGCGGGUGGCCGAUGAGCUCAAUGGGAAUGCGAAGCCCGUGCCGCCGCCACGUGAUCAUUUGCGGGUGGAGAAGGACGGGCGGCUGGUCAACUGCUCCCCCGCCCCCCAACUUCCGGAUCGAAGGGCGCCCGGAAAUGCGAGCAGCGGCAGCAGCAGCGGUCCGCCGCAUCCGCUGCAGCAGCAGCAGAUCGCCCAGAUCGUGGAGCCCACUUUGGAGCAGCUGGACAGCAUCAAAAAAUACCAGGAGCAACUGCGCCGGCGACGCGAGGAGGAGGAGCGCAUAGCGCAGCAGAAUGAGUUCCUGCGGAACAGCCUGCGUGGCUCCCGGAAGCUGAAGGCGCUCCAGGACACGGCCACGCCCCCCGGCAAGGCGGUGGCCCAGCAGCAGCAGCAGGCCACGCAGGUCACCCAGGUGGUGGGCGUGGAGAAUGAGGCCUAUCUGCCCGACGAGGAUCAGCCACAGGCGGAGCAGAUCGAUGGCUAUGGCGAGCUGAUAACCGCCCUCACCCGCCUCCAAAACCAGCUGAGCAAGAGUGGGCUGAGCACCCUGGCGGGAAGGGUGUCGGCCGCCCACAGUGUCCUGGCCAGCGCCAGUGUGGCCCAUGUCCUGGCCGCCCGCACCGCUGUCCUCCAGCGACGGCGUUCCCGCCACUCUGGCCCACUGCAUCACAAUGCCCUCGGUCUGCAAAAGGACAUUGUGGAGCUGCUCACCCAAUCGAAUACGGCGGCGGCCAUCGAGCUGGGCAACCUGCUGACCAGCCACGAAAUGGAGGGUCUGCUUCUGGCCCACGACCGGAUUGCCAAUCACACGGAUGGCACGCCCUCACCCACGCCCACGCCCACGCCGGCAAUUUUGGGAGGAGUGGUGGUCAGUGGUCACAGCAGUCCGGUGGCAGGACCCAAACGGAAUCUGGGUAUGGUGGUGCCACCACCGGUGGUCCCACCGCCACUGGCGCAGCGAGGAGCGAUGCCACUGCCACGCGGGGAAUCCCCACCGCCGGUGCCCAUGCCACCACUGGCCACCAUGCCCAUGAAUCUGCCGAUGAGUGCGUGCUUUGGCACACUGAACGAUCAGAACGACAACAUCCGGAUCAUACAGAUCGAGAAGUCCACCGAGCCGCUGGGCGCCACGGUGCGCAACGAAGGCGAGGCGGUGGUGAUCGGAAGGAUUGUCCGUGGCGGAGCGGCAGAGAAGUCGGGACUACUGCACGAGGGUGACGAGAUCCUGGAGGUGAAUGGUCAAGAGUUGCGGGGCAAGACGGUGAACGAGGUGUGCGCCCUGCUGGGCGCCAUGCAGGGCACCUUGACCUUCCUCAUUGUCCCCGCCGGCAGUCCACCCGUCCAUGGUGGAGUGAUGGGCGGUGGGCCGACGGGCAACACCCUGGCCGGAUUGGGCGGUGCCCAUCGCGACACCGCCGUGCUGCAUGUGCGGGCGCACUUCGACUACGACCCCGAGGAUGAUCUGUAUAUACCCUGCCGGGAGCUGGGCAUCAGCUUCCAGAAGGGCGAUGUGCUGCACGUGAUCAGCCGCGAGGAUCCCAACUGGUGGCAGGCGUAUCGCGAGGGCGAGGAGGACCAGACGCUGGCCGGUCUCAUUCCUAGUCAGUCGUUCCAGCAUCAGCGCGAGACGAUGAAGCUGGCCAUUGCGGAGGAGGCGGGAUUGGCGCGAUCCCGUGGCAAGGACGGAUCGGGCAGCAAAGGGGCCACGCUCCUCUGUGCGCGCAAGGGUCGCAAAAAGAAGAAGAAGGCCAGCUCCGAGGCGGGGUAUCCCUUGUACGCCACCACGGCGCCGGAUGAGACGGAUCCCGAGGAGAUACUCACCUAUGAGGAGGUGGCCCUGUACUAUCCCCGCGCCACCCACAAGCGGCCCAUCGUCCUCAUAGGCCCGCCCAACAUUGGCAGACACGAGCUGCGCCAACGCCUGAUGGCUGACUCGGAGCGAUUCUCCGCCGCAGUGCCACUCUUCUAUUUGCUGGAGGAGCGGCUCAGGCCGGCCAAGGCCAAGGCUCAGGUCAAGGACACGUCACGAGCCCGCAGGGAGGGCGAAGUGCCCGGAGUGGAUUACCACUUUAUCACCCGCCAGGCCUUCGAGGCGGAUAUAUUGGCGCGUCGCUUUGUGGAACACGGUGAAUACGAGAAGGCCUACUACGGCACAUCACUGGAGGCCAUUCGCACGGUGGUGGCCAGCGGCAAGAUCUGUGUGCUCAACCUGCAUCCGCAGAGCCUGAAGCUGCUGCGCGCCUCCGACCUCAAGCCGUAUGUGGUCCUGGUGGCCCCGCCCAGUCUGGACAAGCUGCGCCAAAAGAAGCUGCGCAACGGCGAACCCUUCAAGGAGGAAGAGCUCAAAGACAUCAUUGCCACGGCCAGGGAUAUGGAGGCCCGUUGGGGCCACCUGUUCGAUAUGAUCAUCAUCAACAACGACACGGAGCGCGCCUACCACCAGCUGCUGGCCGAGAUCAACUCGUUGGAACGGGAGCCGCAGUGGGUGCCCGCCCAGUGGGUGCACAACAAUCGCGACGAGUCAUAAUGGGGUCACCAACCCCGCCCCCACUACACCGCCCACUUCCCCUAGGAUCCACCCGCCUACACCCAACAAAAUACAAAAUACAAACCAGAAACCAACCCAACUCUUUGUAAAUACAAUUUUCAAUUGAGCCAUGAAGCGGAGAGCAGGAUCGAUUCCAGUCCAGUAGUUCGGCUUGCCUGCCGAUGCGAUGAACCCCCUACCCCUCCAAUAUUAUAUAUAUAUAUAUAUUUAUAUACUAUUUGUUGCAUAUGUGCAUUUUAGUCUUAGUGCGAAUUGUUUUUAAUCGUGUGUACCCCUGUUUUGAAAGCAUUCCAAUACAAAACCCCUUUAUGUAUGUUCACAAAAUUUUGUUGUUCGAUGAACCAUUUUGCGGGGAUGCCACAGAGAAAUCUAGUAAUCUAGCUAAGGAGUGUCUUAUAGCUCACUUUAGUGAUUUCUGUGGCAUUGCCGGUUAUUAUUAUUAUUUUUUUUAUUACGACUACCACUAACUUAUAUUGUAAACGUAUUUUUUUUUUUGCUUAAACUAAGCGAGAGCACUUCCUUAAUUUCAAGGGGCAAAUUGAAAUUGUAAAAUAACGAAUCAGCGAUGGAAGGCCAGAAUCGAUAUGAUAGUAACCUAGAACCCAAUAAAAUGUGUAAUAAUACCCAUAAGCGACUCCGAAUAUUAACAGAGCCAGAACAAUCCGUAGGCAGCUGUCCAAUGGGAGAUCCGAUGGAUUCAGAUACAGAUUCAAAUUCAGAUACCGAAACCGAAACAGAGACAUAAACAGAAGCAGAUUCAAAUGCAAGUGUUGCAAUUACGUAAUCUAUUUACUUUAUAAAAUAUAUACUAUACGGAUAUACAUACACAUAAAUUAUAAAUCGAAGCGUACUUAAUACAAUUAAUUUUUAACAAAACGAAUGCAAGAGCAAAGCGAAAAAAUAAAAAACGUUUGAAAGAGAAACAACAAAAUCAGUAAGUCAUUGCCAAAAAAAAAAAUUAAAUAAAUAAAUGGGAGUUAGACGAUGAUAAUGAUGAUGAUGAUGAUGAGGAGGAGAGUUAGGAGAAUCAACUUAGAGAAACCACUCCACGAGCGAAAUUGUUAAAAACAAAAACGGAUACGGAAACGGAAAAACAAAAUAUUUAGCCAACUCUAAGCACUGUAAGAUAAUGGAAAACCCAAUAAACGAAUGCAAAUAGUAAGCCGGCAAGAAAAUGCAUUAGACUAAGGCAUCAAAAGAGCAAAACAAAAUGCAAAAAACAAAGGAUUUCCCAAGUAAAUGUUGUUGUAAUUAAUUAUCUAAA